UUCAUUGCAAAAUGACGGCAACGAUCUACAACAGUUGGCAGCUAUGAAACACCGGCCCAUACUUUUGAGCUCCAUGAAUCCGCAUAUUAUUUGUAGUUUAUGUUUUGGCUAUCUGAUAGAUGCCACCACUAUUGUGGAAUGUUUGCAUUCAUUUUGUCACAGUUGUUUAAUUAAACAUUUACGUACGGAACAAUAUUGUCCACGAUGUGAAAUGAUGAUAAAUACCGCAAAACCAAACAUAAAGCCAGAUACAACAUUACAGGCUAUUGUUUAUAAACUUGUGCCCGGUCUCUAUGAAAAGGAAUUAAUGCGUAAAAGAGCCUUUUAUAAGGAUCGUCCCGAAGAAGCCGCCUUAGCCUCACCCGAACAAAGAGGCGAUGAUACUGAGCAUUUGAUUUUUAGUCCCUCCGACUAUAUGUCAAUCUCAUUGGAAUAUGCAGACACAGAAGAGCUAUCCCAAUCCGGUCCCGAAUAUAUUGAAUUGCUAAAGCCCCGUUAUCUUAAAUGUCCCGCCAUGUGUACCGUUGCCCAUUUGAAGAAAUUGGUUUAUGGUAAAUUUGAAAUCAAUGCCAAUCGCUUUACCAUUGACAUUAUGUACAAAGUAAAGACCAUUAUCCUACUGGACCAUUACACCCUUAUGGAUGUUGCCUAUAUAUACACCUGGAAACGCGAUGCUCCCAUGCGUUUCUAUUUCCGUGUCAAACAAUCUCUUAAACCCACAAUACGAGUAAAGAAAAAUCUUGUACCUCAAACCAAGAAAGAAGUGCCCUUGCCCGAUGAGGAAGCCACCAGCAAAUUGCUUUCCCAGGCCAUGUGUAUUGUACAUGAACCCACACCUUCCAUUAAGGCUGCUGUUCCGGAUACGAAAAUCUUGGAACCCGAAGAAAUUAAACAGGAAAAUGAAGCUGAAGUGUCGUCCACAACAGAAACCCCACCCAUUGCCCAGGAGGAGGAAGAGCCUAAGCAAUUUGAAAUUGUACAACCCCAAAGUCCUUCCAUUAGCUCACAAGAAUCCAACCUUACGGAUAAACUCAAAAUUACAAUUGUCAACAAAGCUGCCAAGGAGAAAUCAAGUGAGUCCAAAUCUGCCGCCAAGGCCUUAAAAGAAAAACAAAAGGAAUUCCACAAAACCUCACCUUCAACCUCGGCCACACCCAAGGACGAACGUAAGGUGGAGAAUAUCAAAUUGAAAAUUGAUCUCUCUAAACAAAAUUCCGUCACCAUUAUCAACAUGUCCGAUCCAGAACGCAAGGAAAUUGUAAAACCUGUACGUCCAGAAAAGGAAUGGAAAGUAAGCAAAUCGAAGAAGGAGAAGGAUGGCAGUCCGAAGUCGUCGCCCAAAUCUUCACCUCACAGUGACCGCAAGAGUAAAACUCCAAGUCCGCUAACAGUGCCACCUCUCACAAUAAAAGCUGAACGUAUUAGCCCCUUGGCGAAACUCAGCUCCCCUGCCACACCAGCCCCCGCAAGUCCCACUGAAAAGCCUGACGAGGAACAAAAAUCUGAAUUUUUGAAAUCGUUUGCCCUAACCCCCACCAAAAGUGUUAAAGCCGAUAAGCCCAAUGAACAACAAAGAAAUAUUUCUAAGGACGUUACGCUUUCUUUCGUACCAAAAACCUCUGCCAAAGAACAAUCUUCGUCGCCCGCUUCGUCUUCUUCGUCGAAGCGUAAGAGCAAGGAACCCAUUAAAGCUGUUAUCAAAAAGCCUAAACUAUCACCUCCUUUGGCCACAGAGGACUUCAAAAUCAAAUUGCCACCCAUUCCCUCCAAUAACAACUCAAAACCUACGGACAAUACAACUUCAAGUAAUGCAACAGCCGCCAACCCUAGUGAGAGCAAGAAAACAAUGAUGCCACCACCGGCGCCUUUGACAGUAAUGAAGCCACCAUCUCUGAUAAAGAAACCCUCCAAACCCGCUCAAAAUAAAAUAUCUGCCGCUCCUCCCGGCUCUCUCACACCUCACCCAAUGCAUAACAACAAUGUCCAGUUAGCAGCACCCGGCAGCCGUACUCCAAUUGCCAAAAGGUAUCAGCCAAUUUUACCCAAAGCUUCCCGUCCAAAUCCCUUCGCUAACAUCCCCACAGAUGUUAACAAGAUUCUCAAGGAUGCCGGUACCGAAAUUAAGAGCAUACCGAAUGAACCGGUCUCCUCCAAAGUAUAUGGUCCCAAGGCAGAUGCUAACAACAGUACACUAAUGGGACCACCACCCAUGGCUGCACCUCCUGCCAAGACUAAUGCAUCAAGCCGUAGCGGUGGCAGUUCCAGCAAAACAAACUCUAAUAAAAACAACAGUUAUUUGAAUCUGGCACUUUUCAAUGCCUCGAAAUCGAAGGGCAACGAAGUUCCACCUGGUUGCCGAACACCCAUGUAUACACCAAACUCGCCCAUUUACUCACCCAGCUCACCACAAUAUGUUCCCAACUACAAUAUACCGACCAUGCCUACUUACAAAUACACACCAAAGCCUACCAAUCCCAAUAAUUCGUACCUGCAAAGUGUUUUGGGCAAUAACAGCCAGAUGUCCAGUCUCUUCCCCAGCCCACCUACCAAGAAGGAUGGAGGUUCCAACAACAACAAUGGCGGCAACAACAAUUCCUCUUCGUCAUCGUCUAACAAUUCCAGCAACUCCAACAAUUCGAACACAACAUCGCACAGGGCUGAAAACCAGGCACCUAAGCGGGUAUAUCCAUUCGCACGCAGUCCCAGUCCAAGCGAAGAUCCCCCAGAGAAACAAUUGAAAGUAAAAUCUUUACUCACAUCCUGCAACAUCAAUAUUCCCUCUUCGUUGUCCAUAACCAUUACUCGGGAGGAUGGUGAUCCUUCGUCAAAUGGUUCGGCACAAAAACACAAAAGUCCUGUGAAUAACUACAUUGAGAUUUUGAAGUUGCCCGAACAGACUAGCGACAACAGUGAGAAUAAACGCGCAUCUCCACCAGCCGCUAAUUCAUUGUUUCCCAAUCCCCCCGUAAAACGGGUGGCAACCCCUCCCCUAAAUACGACCACAAGCCAGCCAAAGUUACUUCCCCCACCCGCGCCAAUUACGAAUAUGCAGAAACCACCUGUUGCAGCCAAUCAAGCUGCCAACAAUGUGGUAAACAAUAAACCAGCAACUCCCCUAAAUAUGGGCAAGAAUAAUAAUGGCAUGAAUAAACCUGUUGCCAACAACAAACCUACCACACCACCCACGAACAAUAAGUCGCCUGUAGCACCUAUGGACAAGAAAGCCACACCCAGCCCCGAAAAGCGGCCCAUGACUAGUCCUGGCGAUCAAAAAUCUCCCAAAUCGCCAAACGGAGAUGGUACCGGCAAGAAGUUCAGGCAUAUUCUGCCGCGACAAAUUGCCACCCCCUCCACCCCUGAGGUUAAUCUGCCCACCAACAAGCAAAACGGCAAUGUCAUUGGCACCUACUCAUCGCCGAAUGGUGUCAAUGUCAAAAUACAUUCCAACAAGAAGGUACAACCAAGUAAGAAAUCCCCAGUCAGUCAGCAACAGCAGCAACAACAACAUAUGUCGGCACCACUGCCCGCAACAGCACACCAGCAGCAAACAUUGGUAAAUUUGAAGCCUCCCCAACAGUCGCCCACCAACAAGACACAAACCAAAGCCCCCGCCAAAUCUCCACAAGGCAGUCGGGCACAGAAAACAAAUCAAGCACAAGCUCAGGCCCAAGUACAAGCUGCUGCCGCCGCCGUGGCAGCUGCCAAUGCGGCAAAUAAACUGAGUCCUUCGCAGAACAACAAUGGCAUGCCACCAUUGCCACCUGUUAUGCCACAUCCCAUGCAGGGCAUGUUGCCACCACAUUUGGGGGCAGCAGCUGCUGCGGCCAAUCAAAAUGAGUUGAGUAAAUUUCUUAAAGAAAAUUUGCUCCGAGCUCAGGUACAAGCUGCCGUGGCCAAUCAAUCAAACAUGUUCUAUCCGUACACUGCGAAUGCUGCCGCUGCUGCUCAACUGGGUCAAUUUAACCCCGCCAUGUACAACUACCAGCAAGCCUACAUCAUGGAUCAGUUGUCACGCAUGCAAAGAGCUGGCAAUGAUGCCUUCACCGAAUACAUGCAGAAGUUGAAGAGCAGCAUGGAAAUGCAAAAGCCGGCAGGCGUCGACAACAACAAGCCAUGUGCUGAUGCCAAACAAUUGCCGAAAUCAGCCUCUAGUCCCAAAUCAAUGUCCAGUGCAGCACCACACAGCCCCUCAACAUCGGCAGGCAAUCAAGGUGUCAACACCAAGGAACAGCUAGCGACAAAGACCAAGUAA